GUCUCAUAAUAUAGAAUUCAAACUGAGAUCAUAUUAUUACAGUACAGUAUGAGACUGGUCCCAAACCAGCAGCGCAGAAAGUAAAUGCGCAGUGUUUGUGGUAGUCUCUAUGUAAAUCCGAUCCAAGUAAUGAAAGGACCUGUGUGCUUAGAUACAGCCUGCUGCAGUGUACGCCCUUUAAAACAAAUGUUAGACACGGAACAAGGAAGUUCAGCACCUGUUGUCGCUGCCUCUUUAUAGACAGAAAACACCUACUGCGGUAAUUGGAGAGGUGUUGCGAAGCUUCAUCAUGUUAGAAGCUGAGGAGGAAGGAAUGCCCAGUGAGGAACAGCAGCAUCAGCUCAGCUCUUCUUCCGGCGGGCAGGAGGACACUCAACCUGCUGAGGGCGGAGCGGCCCCCUCCACUGCCCGCACGGAGGGCACAGAGGAGCGGGCUGCUGAGAGCCGAGCGGCCCCCUCCACUGCCCGCACGGAGGGCACAGAGGAGCGGCCUGCUGAGGGCGGAGCGGCCCCCUCCACUGCCCGCACGGAGGGCACAGAGGAGCGGGCUGCUGAGGGCCGAGCGGCCCCCUCCACUGCCCGCACGGAGGGCACAGAGGAGCGGGCAGUGAAGGGCGGAGCGGCGCCCUCCCAGUAUAGUGCCACCUCUGUGGAGUCAUCUCUGGAACAGUUCAAGCUCAGGAGGUUCUUCGUGUUGAGGCCUGGCACUCUGAAUCAGGCCAUCAAAGACAUUGAAGCUCUGGUGGAUAAAGAAGUAGAUGGCAACGUUCGCAGCAUUUGGCUGAUGGCAGAGGUGGAUCACUGGAACAAUGAAAAAGAGCGUCUUGUUCUCAUAACAGACAGCUCUCUCCUGGUCUUCAAGUACGACUUUGUCAUGUUCAACUGUGAUCAAAUCCAGAGGAUCCCACUGAACUUUGUGGACCGCAUCUCCCAUGGCACCUUCAGCUUCCCAAAGCGCUCCCUGCUUCAGAGAGAGGGGGAGGGGGUGCGAAUCUUCUGGGACCGGCUGAGAGAGCCCACCUUUACCUCCAAGUGGAACCCCUUUGCCACUGACUUCCCCUUCAUCACCUUCACCUACCACCCUGUGAAGAACAUCAGUGAUUCACUCGCUGAUCUCUGCGACAUCCAUAACUUUCGCGAGCAGCUCAAGGAUGCGGCGCAGAAAGUCCACGCCUUGAAGCCAGUUCCUGGGAAGGCCAACGGCGUCUUGGUCCUGAAGCAGCCAAUCCAAAUCGAGGCUUACGUGGGCCUCAUGUCUUUCCUUGGAAACCAGAACAAACUGGGAUACUGCAUGGCUCGAGGAAACCUUGGCUUCUAACUUGUCUACAUUUUCUAAUAGUUUGGUUCAAAUUGUGUGCUAUAAUUUAUAAUGCUUGAAUUCAUGUCGACAAGCUUGUUUACAGAGAGUUCAUUCAAAUUCUACAAGGAUUGACCAAAAAUGUUUCCAUAUUCAGGUUUGUGUCACAGCCUGGGUUCUCAGGAUGUUCUGUGUGAGGUUUAAACAACUGUGUGAUCUCCCCCACUGCUUAUUACCAGUGUGUGGUGUCUGAGCACUCAGAAAUAUCCACAUUUCAACACAGCUCUUCACUGGAUGACGGAUCCCCCACUGCUCUCAAGGAGCUUUGUUAUUUGCUCCUCAGUGAUAUGGUAAUUCAACUCUUUCGCAAUGGGACUCCUUUCUUCCUCCCCCGGUGUCUCUGUUAAAAGCUCAUUCCCAUGCCAUUCUGCCCCUUAGAGAUUCACUGGAGCAUGGGGGCACAUUUGUCAGUUUAGUUGUAUCAUUCCUUGUGUAUUUUUACAGUGCAUACAGUUUUGGAAUUUCCCCUUGAUUUGUGUGUUUACUGUGUGUAGCGCUGCCUUGUUUCGGUAUCAUCUGUUAGUCUUGUGAGCCUGUCACAGACUUAAAAUGUAGGCUUAUCUUAUGUCAUAUUCUGUUCUCUGCCUUUUUAGCGGUUUGGAAUAUGCAAUAUGGUACUAUCAUACCCUGCUUUGUCCGUACUAAAUAAGAAUUUAUGUUUGCUGAAGGAUAAACCCAAUGGUGAGAAUUGACACUUCAGAAAUGCCAUAAUUAAUGAUGUCCUGCUGCUGCAGUUAUAGUACAAUAACAUUAGCACACAUUUAGUUAUUAUAAAAUGAAAUUAUUGAUUUCCAUCCUGGUUGAUUUAGUGACACCCGCGGUUGCUGUUGGUACUGGUGUUUACAGUCAGCCAAGAAAACCCGUGUACUAACCAGUGUAUUAAUAAAGAAGUUGAUCAAAAAUUAAAUGAAAGCGAAGAUUAAGGAAUUGCUGUAAUCACUACCUGUAUUUGCAUUUUGUUUUGUUAAAACGUGGUGUCUCAUGUCCUGUAAGAGUUUUACAGAGAUCCAGGGUUGAGGGGGUGGGAGGGGUGGGGGAUGGGGGGUCGCCACUAGGUCUUUUUUUUUGGUUCCAAUAUGCCUGUACUGUUGUCUGACUGCUGUACUUGUUUACAUUUAAAAACAAUAAAAAGUUGUUCACAAAAAAAAAAAACUGAUUUCAUGCUUCACGCAGUGCAAGUAGUUUUUCACACAGCAGCAGGGAAUAUUUAAAUUGGGUUACCUUGCUCAAGAGUAACAGCUUGUUGUGGCAGCAACUGACUGUUCUAUUAGACCCUGCAAUAUUUAAAACUAAUGUGGUGUUAAAAAUGACCAAAAUGGCCAUGUCUUUAGUUGUGGUGGUGUUUUUGAUGAAUGAUAGUGGUCAGCACUGACGUUAGUGACAAAUACAGUUUCGUAUGACCGUUUUAGUGUAAAGCAGGAUGCUUAGGCCUGCUUCAGCAGUAACGUAUUACAGCUAUAAAGAGAGCAGUGCUGGGUAAGUUGCUUGAAAAAUCUGGCUUUCCGCGGGGUCUUUGAAAGUCUUAAAUCUUUUAAAAAUGUUUUAAAAAUUUGGAUUAAUAAAGUUAACAUUGAUUUUUCUUUCUUGCUUUUAAAUGUAUUUUUUGAAAAAACAUGCUACAUAAUGAAACCAACGUGGAACAAAUACAGAUUUUCCUUCAUA